AUGCAAGUUUCACUGGGACUAAGAGAAGGUCAUAAACCACUAACAUUAGAUCUAAAUACGUCGGCCGAUUCGAAACCAUUGUUACCCCGUUUAUCGUUCAACUUUAAGACAGCAAAUUGGCAGUUAUACCGUCGCAAUUUAAAUAAUCUUCUACGUAAUACUAACACAUCACAACCAAUCAAAACCGUACAACAAAUCGAGUAUUUUACAACAGCUCUCACCGAUUGCAUUGUCUCUGCAACAAAGUCAUCGAUAAAACCGACCAGCCAGACAUUAAAAAACUUCAAACCAUCAAAAACGACGAAAAAACUAAUUGAAUGUAAAUAUCGAGCGUAUCGGCAAUGGAAGAAUAUUAAUAUGUCAAUAAUAUUGACAUCGAUAAGAAAGAAUAUUACGGCAGCAAAUUACUCUUGA